GCGCUGGGCCAUGGCAGGCGGGAGGGCUGAGUCACUGCAUUCCUGCUCCGCACUCCUGGGCAUGUCCGCAGGAUCCCUCCUGCUGGCAGUGCAUUUCUACAGCUUGCCCAGAGCCACCCCUCUGAUCCCCAGCACAGCUCUAGGAGUCCUUCUCUUGAUUUUAUCAUCUCUUUUGGCCUAUGCAGGGGUGUGGAGAAGCCCACGGAAUGCCUCCCUGUUGGUGUCCCUCUGCCUGACCGUCUCGGUGUGCUGGUGUGGCUACGGAGUCAUCUUCAUCCUGGGAGGGCAGGACGUUCUGAAGGGCGUCGAUGAUGUCCGCAGUGCCUGGGUGCCUGGCCUGGUCACCUUUGCUGUGGCCCUGCUCAGUAUCUCAGUGGUGGGCUUCCUGUGCAGGGAGGUCAUCCUGGCCAUAAUUGCUUCUGCUCUCUCACUUGCCAGUGCUCAUGAAGUUGCCUUGCAUUACAGCGCAGCUUUUGGUUCCUCUGCUGUGGCUUGCAAUUACAUGGUUGUCUGCUUGGCUGGUGCUUACUUUGGUCUGGGGAGGAUUCUUUACUUCCUAACCAAAGAGAAAAUUGCCCUCCCUGGCACAGAUCUGGCCAAGAAGAAGACCCAUGAGCAGAUCCAGCCCAGCAGUGGCAGCGUGAAUCAUUUUGCAGCCACAGGUCUGAUCCUGAACAUGCUGUCUGCCAGUGUCUUUGGCUGCAGGCUGCUGGGGGUCACUGCCAGGCUGUCUGUGGGCCAGGUGCCCUGGCUGUGGGCAGCUGGGCUCUACCAGCUGGGCAUCUGUGUUUUAUCCUACCGUGCAAUGGAUGUGCUGGGGGCCACCUUCUUUGGUUUCACUUCCAUCCUGAAAUUUGCUGGAGGCUAUUCCCUUCUCUACCCUCUCUGGCAGCCAGAGGAGCCAUCUUUCCCUACUCCAUUCCUGGUGGUUUUCUCAGUCCUUUUUGUGGUCUUGGCUCUCUUUCUCACCCUCAGGAGCCCCGUGGAUGGCCUGUACUUGCUGUUCUAUGUGGCCUACUGCAUUGCCUUAGCUUGCAGUCCCAAGGGGUUUUUUGAAGGUGGUCCCCAAGGCGUGGACGUGGCCAUCUUUGUGGCCUCAGCCUUGAUGACUCUGAUUCACCUGUACAAUGGGAGAGCAGGUGCCAAGAUCCCCACAGGGAAGGCUGCUGUCAAGGCCCUCCUUGCUCGCAGCACUUUCCUGAAGCUCCGUGAGGGAUCGGACCUUCACGCUCCCUACCUGGGCUAUUCCAAGUAUGCAGAUGCAGAAGUCCUGGGCUAUGCGUGCAGUGUCCUCGCCUCCUUUGCCAUCACAACGUCAGGGGACCCCCAGACACCCCUUGCCACUGUGGUCAUUCCAUGGGUGGUGGUAGCUGGUGGGAUCCUUCAGCUUCUCAGCGGCUCGGUGGCCUUUGCUCGGGGUAAAACCUUGGAGAGCAAUGCCUUCAUUCUCUAUGCUGUCAUGUGGAUCAUCUGGGGCCUGACAAGAUAUGGUGGCCUCUAUGGCACUGCCAGGAGCUUCCAUGCAGCUGUAGGCAUCGUUGCCUUCAUGCUUUUCAACGGCUUCAUUGUCUUCUGCACCCUCUUCUUAAACAUCGCCUGGUUCUUUUACUCCCUCACUUUCUUCCUCGUUGCUGCCAGCUUCCUGCUGGACACCAUCCAUGCCCUUCCAGCUGGCUAUGACCUUGCUGCCACGCUCAUCUUUGGUCUGGUCAGCUUCUACUGCUUCCUGUCUGCCCUUUGCAGCAGCAUCUUGGAGGGUUCCUGCUUACCCAUGGGGAGGCCCCUCGUGCAGCUUAGUGGUGUGGGGGGAGGAAUGACCAGGUGCCCUCACCUGCCUGCCAGGAAAGCUUCUUCAGUCAAGAGAAUUGCAGACAUCCUGAAGAAUGGAGGGACCUGUGGCAUCCCCACGGACACUGUGUACGUGCUUGUGGCAGCCUGCAACCGGCCUGAUGCCGUGGAGAAGGCUCACCACUCCAAGCGCCAGGCUCAGGAUCGCCCCAUGUCACUCUGGAUUUCUAGCCUAAAGCAACUGGAACCUGCAAAGCAUUUGUUCAGUCCCCUUCUCUGGGACUUCAUGGAGGCUGCCUGGCCAUCUCCUAUCAGCUUGGUGGUUCCCAGAGGUGAAUGGGUGGACUUCCUGGGAAUGAAGGACUCAGCUCAGUACGUGGGCACCCAGCAGAGCGUUGCCAUCCGCAUCCCCGACUGCUCUGUCACCACACACCUCAUCGACCUGGUUGGCCCCAUUGCUGUCACGUCCGCCAACCCGACGGGAGAGGCAGACACCACACACCACAACCAAGUGUAUGCCAAGCUGGGGGACAAGGUGGAUGCAGUUCUUUGUGAUGGGCCUUCUCCAGAGAAUAUUGCCUCCACCGUGGUGGACUGCACCAAAAUUGACAGUGGGCACAUAGGGUUCUUCAGAGUUGGCAUCAUCCCCAAGUCUCAGGUGCUGCAGAUACUGGAGCAGGUGCAGAAGAAGCACACGUUGGUUCCUAACAGCGGCACCUGCACCACAAAAGGCCCGGAAGAAGAUGGGAAUCGUGGCCAUGCUGUGCAGAAUGGGGUGGGCAGGGCUGCCCCAGGGGAGGCUGUGCCAGGACAGUCCCCCCAGGGCGGCCACCAGAACCACACUCGCCUCUGACCCUGCAUCUCACAGUGACCUGCUCACCUGGGGGGCUGGACCAUGACUUACAGGUCACGUUGGGGAACGGGAGAGGGUCUCCCAGCCGCAGGGGUGACUCCUCAUCUUUCUAUGGAUACUGCUACAAUAUCCCCGUGCAGAGCUGACUUACAAACCACGGUCACCCAGAAGGAAAACCUCCCCCGAGGGGGGGCCGGCACCUUCCCCUGAGGAUCAGGUGUGGCCGCAGCAGGUGGCAGCCUGGCCUCAGAGCAACAGCUCCAGCCCUCCUGCUGGGACUUCAUACCUGCAGCCCGGGCCAGAGAGCAAGGGGAAGUGUUUCAUCAUCACACGUUGAGGGAAAAACACUGCAUGACCCUUGAGGUGGGAGCAGGGAGAUGCGUUCGGGUGCUGUGCUGGUGAGGACGGGGGCUCGGGAGCUGGGGCUGUCUGCUGUGUCUGCUCCAGAUGGAGGCCACACACCCUAACCCUAAAAAGAAAAGCCAUCACCUGAGGUGCCGAUUUCUGUAUUUUACUGUCAGUGUCGGGGUGGAAUUCUGAUUUUGAUGACUCCUUAGAAGUUCUGGAGCAUUCGGCCGCUCCCCCCUGUGUUACCUGAGGCAGAGGAGGAGUUGCAGGCCAGUCCCCUGCUCUGCAGCCGAGGCUGCUCUGCUGCCUUUCCCCCAGGUUUGGCACAGGGUGGGAGCUUGCCGACCAGGAGGAGGUGAAAAGCAGCUUCAGACCAAGGUGAGGAGUUUUCCUUGGCGAAGACUGCCUGGCUGUGCCGCGAGUGGCUUGUUUAGCCUCUGAAAACUGCUGCUCUCAUUCUUACCUGACUCGGGUGCAAGGUGCUGAUCAAACUCCAGCUGAAACCAGUGACUUGGUUCGUUGGUUUCACCUGAAGUUCUGCUGGAACUUGAGCAUAAAUACGGUGCAGUCAGGGAAGCUCAGCUUCUCUGAACCAUGGCAAAAGCAGGUCUGCUCAGCCUGUUCUUGCAGACCUGGCAGCCUUCCUGCAGAGAAAUAAGAUGCCAGAAAACAGUCUGUUGAAUAAUUUUGCUCGUCUACUUACUGUAUCUCUCUGGAGUUUAUUAAAACUGGUUUUUA